UGGUGUAUCAGAAGAGCAGAUCCAAUGUAAUAUUCAGGAGACAUUGAGAAGACUCAACAUCCUCCCACCCACCACUGGCUCUGAUGAGUUAAGCACUGCUAUUGCAAAGGACGUAGUGUUGAAGAUUAAUUCAACUAUGGCUGAGGUUAAGAGGGCAGCUCCAGAGUUGUCAAACCUUGCUACUCUCAAGAAGGUUGCCAGCACUGAUACGCUUGUUAAAGAGGUCAGUCAGAAGCUGGAUGCUUUCAUAAAUGGAGAGGUUCCUGCAAAAGGCCAGGUAGGCUCUGACAACAACAUCAAUUUGGCUUUAGCCUCAACUGUGGGAGAAGCAAUGACUAAAGUCAUCAACACCAUGGAAACCUGCUUGGAGGGACAUGAUGGUGACAAGCCUGCAAAGAGGUGGCUGGCAUCUGUCAAAUCAAUUGUUGAAUCUUUGACAUGUCAAAAUGGCUGUGUUAACCUGUGUCCACCACAUGCAAAGGAUCUGGAAGUCAACACAGAGUGCAAAGAACUGGGUGGUCAAAGCCGAACACCUCAGCCAUGUAUCACGCCAGCGGUCAUUGCGGUCAGUGAAGUCCUCGUUGAUAAAAUGAAAAGUUGUCACUCUGCUCCAUCAAGUACAGGCUGUGCAGAGGAAACAGUAAAAAAUGAUCAUAUAUCUAGAUUUUUUCUUCAGCCCAUUGAGGAGACUGCUGCUGGUGUCAUUGAGACCUUUGUAAAGGAGAUGAAAACUGUUGUUCAGUCGUUAGCAGAGAGAACUUGCACUGUGGAUAAUGGAGAUUUAGUUCAGACUGAUGCCAGUCUGGCAAAAAAGAACCAGGUUCAAAUAGAAGCAAAAAAGAUUUAUUACAAAAUCAUGAUGAAAUUGAAAGUGUUUUUUGGACAACUUCCCUUUCAGCAAGGCCAAACCAUUGCCUCUGAUUUGUUGAAUGUGGAUGACACGGCAGAAUCACCAGGACUUGAAAGACAGACCCAGAGUGAGCAAGUUCUUGUUGUGACUAGACCACUGGGUUCUGGUGCACUCAGUAAGGUGCACAGUGACCAUGGUGGUCCAUUUAGUCCAAUUCUGCUCAACACCUGCACUAAGGAUGUCUUGAAAGCAGUUAUUUCAUCCUACCUUGAACCUUUGAAACAAGGUCAAAAAUCAAUUGUGCAAGGAACAUCGGUACCUGUGCCAUCAGCCAACAGCAGCGAUGAGGACAGUCUCCUUUUCUACUUGAACGAUUUGACUUCCUCAAGCUUUUCAAUCUCUGAGGAUAGCUUCAGUACCUUUCAAUCCGACUUGACAGGAGACAGUACCAGUGAAAAGUUCAAGGAUGUGUCCAUUCCAUUCAUGAAAAAAUUAUCAAGAGUGGAAUUUCAGCUUAACGCUUUUGAAGAAGUAACCAACGUUUUAGCUACCUUUCUCCGAAGUCACACAUCUCUGCAGUCUCGUGUCUCCAACAACAGCUGUGAGAAAGAUAAUCUGACUAGCAUGCCAUGGCUUGAUUACUUCUCUAAAAAUCUGGAUUCUGUUGCCAUGGACGUCAUUGAUCAGAUUGUUUAUGAGUCCCUUCUAGUAGAUGGUAGUUGUUCCACUAUAUCUGAUGGUCAAACCAGUAUCAAGGGCUCUGAUGAAGUAGUUGCUCCCUUAACUGAUGCCAUCCACAAACUUUGCCAUGAUGAUCUACAUACUCAAGUAGCCAAAGAUGUGGGCCAGGUUCUGCUGCAAUCUGCCGAAUCAUUCACAGGGUCAGCCAGCCACCUGUCCGUACAAACGACUGCAUCAGAUGUGGUCGAGACAGUAGUUGGAGGCAUACAGGCGAUUUUGCAUUCCACAUCAGGCAAGACUAGUGCCAGCUCUGAUGUCAAAGGGGCCAGUGAGAGAAGUUUGCCCAAUUUUGGACUGAAAAAUAUCAAACAUUUUAACUCUACCAUGUUGAGUGUAACCUGUGAGAUGUUUAGGGGGCUCCAAGAGAAAGUUAAGAACUUCUUGACUAAGAACUUGCAACAGACCAAAGACUGCACAGAAAGUAAUGCAAAACAGACAAUUAGUAAUGCUCUUGUUUGCAUUAAAGACCUUCGCAUUUCGAGGGAUUCACAGAGAUCAGAGGAUCUCAAAAUGGUGCAUGACAUUUUGAAUUUGAUGCUGAAUAAUAUCACAGAAGUAGUUGGUGAAACAGGUCAAGACAUCACUGAGACAUCCUCAGAGGAAACAGAGAGCAGAAUGUCACUGAGUACAUGGUCGAAAUCCACUGAAGGGAGCUCCACUGAAGAUAGCUUACCUCGCACAAUGACCAUUUCUGAGGUGGAUGGCAGAGGUAAUAUAAUCAGACAGAAGCACUUUCGUGUGAGAAAUUCAAUGGAAAAUGGAUCCCAUGGUGGUAUAUCUCUGGACACAAUUGUCAGUGUCGUAAAGACAGUCAGUGAGAGACAUGGUUUGGAGGAUGAGGCAUGUAGUUCCUCUCAGCAUGGAGAUCUCAAUCUAGUUACUGAGAAGAUCCAGGAGUCCCUCUCCAACUUAACUGCAAGCCCUCAGGACCUGGUUGGUAAGAUUUAUGAUCUCUUCAGGGAGGAUAGCAGCAGUGGCCCUCACAAGUGUGUUUCGGACACAGUGCUUUUGAAGUUUCGGGACGAUGAACAUUUGAAGAAGCAGAUUGCCUCUCAGCUUGUUCAUAGCUAUGCAGAGGAGACAGCGAAGCACUUCCUUCUCCCUUGUUUCAAGCUUCCUGCCUCUGGGACCAUGGAACAGUCUGGUUCUUUGGCUCCAGCUUCUGCUUCAGCCUCUUGUCCUGGCUUCAUAUCUGGAGAGGUGCUAGAUGGACAAGACACACACACCUCCAAGUCUCCAUCAGAGUUGCUAACUGGCAUUCUGAAGGUACUGACUGAUGCGAUGGUGAGGGAUGUGAUGUAUAGCUUUUCCUCCCUGGCAUCAAAGGUGGAUACAGUUUGUGAAAAUCAAACCAAAAACUCUUCCAAUGCCUCUCAGAAAAAGAAGAGCAAGACAAUCAAAAUGGGAAUUCUUCAAUUCCUACAAAAAAUACCUAAAGUCAAGAUCUUUCAUAAGAAAUGUAAGACAGGGCUCAUCAAAAAGGAGCUUGCCCCUGACAGCAGAUUCCAUGCUGAUAUUGUUGCAGAGUCCACUGGUGCUGUCGUCCAACCUUGUGAGGAUGCUACACACCCAGAGCAGGCCACAAAGGAACAGAAGCCUCAGAAAUCCUCAUGCUUCUCAAGACUCAUUGCUGCUGUAAUGAGGAAGAAGUCUAGAGUCAGUCCAGUGUAACUUGCAUAAAUCAGUCUAGAGGAAGUCUAGAAUCAGGCAAAACACAGUACAUUGCAUUAAUACAAAUUUUA